GUGUAAGAGGAAGAGAGGAGGGGUAGGGAGUGAGGGUGCACAUCACAAUUCUGCUGUCUUCUAAUUUCCACGAAGAGGUGGGACAGGUGUUUCUCAGGGGGACCAGACGUGCAGAUUUCUGAAAUAGUCCUCCUUUAUCGUCUACUUUGGAUUUGCCCGGGUGUUGAUCUUUACAGCUGAAGAUGAUAUGAAAGAGACAAAGAUGGAGCUCGAAGAGACAGAGGCUGAUUCAUCAUCAUCCUGGUCUCCAAUAUCGAGAGAUAGGCUCCUUACGUGUGCAAACCUCUCGGACAUUGCAGGGAAGAAAAGGAAACAGGACCCCAGCACUGAUGCUGAAAUUUCAGCCCGAGCCUCAGACGACUAUGAUGAAGAUGACUUUCCCAUUGACCACCUGCAAGACUCUGAGGGACCUUGCAACAAAAGAGUCAAACCGGUGGACAGAAGUAGUGAAGUUACAGGCAUCAUAACACCAGUGAAGACCCCUGCACUGAAACGCUUGGGGCAGUCAAUCCAGCGUUCCAUCAGCUUCCGUACAGAAGCCCGCCCGUUGCCACCCAUGCCGAUCCGGACGCGUCAGAAGGCCUCCUCAUUCCCCCGCCGCCGCAGCAGCCAGCUGUGGAGUGACACCGUGGACAGCCUGAGCCAGGAUAUGAGUGCCAGAGAGAUUAAGAGACAGGAGGUGAUAUAUGAGUUGACUCAGGGAGAAAAGCAGCUCAUAGAAGACCUCAAUUUAGUGAAAAAGGUUUACUAUGAACCCAUGCUGAAACUGGACAUCAUGACUGAAAGUGAGCUGGGGCAGAUAUUUGGAACUCUAGACACUUUGAUUCCUCUCCACGAAGAUUUCUUGGCACGUCUAGAGGGGCUUCGAGGAUCGGAGAAGACUGUGGGGGAGGUGGGGCCAACCCUGCUGGAUUGGUUUCCCUGCUUGGAGGCCUACAUUACCUACUGCUGUAAUCAGGUGGGCGCUAAGGCUCUGCUGGACCAGAAGAAGCAGGUGCGCCGCGUGGAGGAGUUCCUGCGCCUGUGCCAGGAGUCAUCCUUCAGCAGGAAGCUGGACCUGUGGAACUUCCUGGACCUGCCCCGCAGCCGCCUGGUGAAGUACCCUCUGCUGCUGAAGGAGAUCCAAAAGACCACCCCAGCUGAGCACCCUGAUGAGGACACGCUGCCACAGGCCAUGGAGCUGAUCCAGAGUAUUAUUACUGAAGUAAACAGUAAGACGGGGGAGGCGGAGUGUCAGUUUUACAGGCGAGGACUGAGCUAUCCUGAGGAAGGCCAGAGAGUUCCUGAGAUUCAGGCUUCUCGUUUCCUCUACUGCCAUGGUGAACUCAAGAACACCAAAGGACAGAAGCUACAUGUGUUCUUGUUCGAGCUGGUGCUGGUGUUGACCCGGCCGGUUGUGCAGGACAAGGACAGCAUGGUCCAGUUCCAGGUUUACCGUCAGCCCCUUCCUGCUGACCACCUCCUACUUGAAGACUUGCCCGAUGGAGAGGCCAGCAGUUCUGGAUCUUUUCGCGGCGCCUUCACUGGCAAUGACAAAGUGAAGAACGGUUUCCGUGUGAGCAGCAGAGGGCGCACCAAGGCCCAGUCGCACAGCCUGCAGGCCAACGACUCCUUCAACAAGCAGCAGUGGAUUUCCUGUAUACGUCAAGCCAUCGUCCAAUCACGCGACAGAAACGCUCAAGCAAGCCAGCCCAAAGUCUCAGCCCGGCUAAGCCCUGACCCUGCCCUCGAUCACAUUGCUGAACUGAGCCUGAAUUCUGAUGUGGAGAUGCCGGACACAUAGGCCACAUCUCAAACAGACACCAUAUAACUUUACAAGGACAAAGCAAGUUUCCCAUUCCAUCCUGGGAGCUGAUAACUUUAGCUUUUUUUUUCAUUUUGAAAGUGAACAAUAUUUAUAUGAAUGUUUAUGAUCUUUGUUGUGCAGAACAUCCUCUAUUAUGAAUGUGUAAGGUGUGUGCGCUGAGCCUGAACCAGUGUCUAACUGCAGUCAUUCAAAGCUGAAGACCUGGUUCACUUUUAUUCAUGUACUCCAGUGUGUUGAGUGAGUGUGUUAGACAGGCAGGCCAAGGACUUGCAUCUGUACUGUAUGAUCUUUCUGUACCUCGCCUUGUCAGUACUGAUGAAAAUGAGAUUGAAUUGUCUAUAAAUGAUAUUGUGUGUCGUUUGACGACUGAUGGUAUAUUUUAGCUGAAUGUCAAUGCUUUUGUAUGUGACCCCUCACAUGAAGAAGAUAUGAAGAUAUAAAAUAUUUUUAUAUUGUA